CUCCAGCCUAUUGCACCGCAAGCUGAUUUCAUUCAUCCCACCCCCACAGCUUGGGCAGAACUCAUUCUCUCAGCUAGGAAGUGGCUCUGCGUGAGGAGAGCUGCAGCAACAGUUCGGGGAAUCCCUCAGGUUGCACAAAGCUUAGCCAGCUGCCAGAAGAACCUGCUCCUGGUGAAAAGAUGUCUACCUCUUCUGGUUACUGGGUGACUGAAAAUGGAAAUACUUCAGAUAGGGACAAUGUAUUCUAUGAACGAAGGAGGACGUACAGUCCAGUCACGAAAAUGUUUCAGGUUAUGGAUAAUUCCGCUCCUUUGAGUCCUAGAGCCAAUCCUCCAAGCCCUGUAUACCAGACUGUGAUCUCGCCUCCUGAGCCUCAAUUUCAAAGAGUUCAACAUAUGCAGGAAGUUCCUAGUUCACAACAAGAAACUGUAAGAACGUACAUCAUUCAAAACACUGAGCAGGAGGUGCAGUCUCCAAACCCAACUGCAACUAUAAGAAGAUACGUUGUUCAAAAUCCUGAGCUGGUAUGUCAACAGGAUUACACACACCAGGAAGAAGUACAAUCUCCUUACACACAACAGGAAACAGUUAGAAGAUACAUUGUUCAAAACCCUGAGCAGGAAAUACCAAUGCCCUACGCACAACAGGGAACUAUAAGAAGAUACAUUGUUCAAAAUCCUGAGCAGGAAGUACAAGGACCAUAUCAACGUGAAACUGUACGGCAAUACAUAGUUCGGAAUUCAGAACAGGAAACACCAGUUCAACAAGAAAGUGUUCGGCGAUACAUAGUGCAGAAUCCGGAACAGCAAACGUAUUUGAAGGGGGUAAAUUAUAUCCCAUCCAAUAAUGUCAUCUACGAAAAGACUUUCAGAAGAGUUGAAAAGGCAAAUUCUGAAGUGGAUAAACUUUCCCAGAACACAAGAACAAUGAGUGUAUCCUCUGGAACUGAUCAAGUCCAUGAGCAAAAUAUUCAAACCAGAACUUCAGUGCAGUCCUUUGAGCAGGAGAUCGCUCCUGCCCAGGAAAUUCAGCAGAAAGUAUCAGUAAACCUGAAUGAGCAGGUGAGUGUUAAUGUUGAUGUGGGCCCUGAGCAGCUGGACGCAAGAUAUUUUGGAGAACUGCUGGCGGAGCUGAGCCGUAAGAACAGUGACUUAUACAAUUGCUUGAUGCAACAUGUGGAGAAGAUCGGAGCAAGGAAGCCGUCAGAAUCUGAUGAUCAGGAUAUUGAAUCGUUAAUCCCAAAAGGAGUAUCUGAACUCACCAAGCAGCAAAUUCGUUACCUCCUACAGAUGAGACAAACCUCAGACAAAUCAAUGAGACUGGUGCUAAACACCUUCAACAGCCUGCGUGAGGAGCUGAUUCACCUGCAAGAUGACCUGAAUAAACUUGACACAGACAAGAAGAGCCUUGAAAGAGAUCUUGCCUUUAAGGACUCUCAAAUAAAGGAGUAUGAGGCUAUACUGGCAUCUCUGAGAGAAAAGAAUCGGCAGCAGCAGCAAGAACUGAAAGAUCGCACUAUGAUGAUCAGCAGAUUAGAAGAAAAAAUGCUAACUCUGCGCAACACUGAAAAUGACAAAGAAUAUUGUUUAAAAGAGCUGGAAUAUGCAAAAAAUGCCUUACAACAGGAGAAUCAAAAUCUGAGGCUGCAGCUUUCUGAGACUUGUUCAAGCCCAAUGCUUCAAACCAAGGCCGACGAGAUCUCCAAGCAGUACUUGGAAAUGAUCGGUAACCUGAGAGAAGAAAAGGACAAGGAGAUUCGCAUCUUGAGAAGCCAGAUUACUAAAUUCCAGCAGGAAGUGGUGACGCGAGAAGGCAGCAGCAGUGAUUUCCAGAUGAGGCUGCUGGAGCUCACAUCGUCAUUGGAGGAAAAGGAAUCUUUAAUUAAGAGACAACAAGAGGAACUUUUCAGACUGCGUCAAGAAAGAGAGUCAAAAAGUGUAACCAAAUCUGUCAUCACAAAAAAGACUUGAAUUUUGGCUGUUUUCGUGACUUUGGAUAUUUUCGCCGAUUCGGGACUUCAGCUAUUUUCGUGGCUUCAGGUCUUUUCGAGCUUCGGGACUUCGGCGGUUCAGCUUUUCGGCACUUUUGCUUUUCAGACUUUGGCUUUUUGGCACUUCCGCAUUCAGGACUUCGGAAGGAGGUGUCACAGCUUCGGGCUUCAGCGCUGUCAGGCCCGGGCCCAGUACACUUGUGCCCCCCUGAUGGCGGCCCUGUCGGUACAUACAGUGGGUUUUCAGAGUCACAGUUUUCAUACUAUCGGACUUUAAUAAAUCCUGAAAAAUC